GUCAUCUCUGCCCUGCGCUUUCGGUCCAUCACUCUCCAUCGCCAUAAAUACCAUUGCUCCCCUGUCCUGCCAUUUCUCUUUCAAUUCAAUUCCCCUUAGCUUCUUCCAUUCCCCCCUCAUAAAAACACCAUUUUGUACUCCGAUCUCUCUAUCCCACUGUCCGUCCCUAGCUUUUGGAGAAAUUUCAAAUGGCCGAAGAAAGUAGCAUCACAGAACCAGCGAGCGGUUCGCCGGCGACUGUUCGCAGCGUGCUUCUCAUCUCCGCCGGAGCCAGCCACUCCGUCGCUCUCCUCGCUGGAAAUGUUGUUUUCUCAUGGGGGAGAGGAGAGGAUGGGCAGCUUGGCCAUGGUGAUGCUGAAGAUAGGUUUUUGCCUACUCAAGUGAGUGCAUUGGAUGGGCAGGAAGUAGUAUCUGUUAUUUGUGGAGCUGAUCACACAACAGCUUAUUCCGAGUCACUCAUGCAGGUCUACAGUUGGGGAUGGGGUGACUUUGGGAGAUUGGGCCAUGGAAACUCUAGCGACUUGUUUAUCCCUCAACCAAUCAAAGCAUUGCACGGAAUACAGAUAAAGCAAAUUGCUUGUGGGGACAGCCAUUGUUUAGCUGUUACCAUGGAAGGAGAAGUCUGGAGUUGGGGGAGGAAUCAAAAUGGUCAAUUGGGUCUCAGCACUAUAGAGGAUUCUCCUUUGCCUCAGAAGAUUGAAACAUUUCAGGGAAUUCCUGUGAAGAUGGUCGCUGCAGGUGCUGAACAUACAGCUGCUGUGACUGAAGAUGGUGAGCUGUAUGGUUGGGGAUGGGGGCGAUAUGGUAAUCUGGGUUUAGGAGAUAGGAAUGAUCGCUUAGUCCCUGAAAAAGUUUCAGCUAUACAGGGAGAGCAGAUGAUUAUGGUAGCUUGUGGAUGGCGACAUACAAUAUCUGUUUCUUCCUCUGGAUCUUUGUACACUUAUGGGUGGAGUAAAUAUGGCCAACUAGGCCAUGGAGAUUUUGAAGACCACCUUGUCCCCCUUAAGCUUGAAAUGUUGCAUGGUGCAUCUAUUUCUCAGAUAUCAGGUGGAUGGAGGCACACCAUGGCACUCACAACUGAUGGUAAGCUCUAUGGUUGGGGAUGGAACAAGUUCGGACAAGUUGGUGUUGGUGACAAUGAAGAUCGUUGUUCACCCACGCAAGUGGCAUUCCCAGAUGAUCAGAAAGUCGUUAAAGUGGCAUGUGGUUGGAGGCACACAAUAGCUGUUACUGAAAGACAAAACGUCUUUUCUUGGGGUAGAGGCACAAAUGGACAGUUGGGUCAUGGAGAAUCUGCUGACAGGAAUGUCCCGAAGAUCAUAGAAGCAUUAAGCGCGGAUGGAUCAAAUGUGCAACAUAUAGCAGUUUCCAUGUCCAAUCCAACUGCAGCAGCUGAAAAAUAUCGGAUUUCACCAACACAGAGAUAUGCAGUUGUUCCAGAUGAGAAUGCUACGGGCAAUGGAAAUGAUUUAAGUGUCCCCGAAAACGAUGUGAAGAGGAUGCGGAUAUGAAUGAGAAUAAAUUAUUGUCUUAAUGCGCUGAGUUAUAACGAUGUUUUGUACCAAUCGAUCAUCAUUCUCUAUAUUUGAGAUCGCAGUAGUAUUCUUCUCUUUCUAUCUAAUAGGUGUUUGAAGUACUUCUUUUGAAUUUGAAGGGACAAAGUUAAAAAUCUCACCUUCGUGGUUACGUUUUAUCUAUAUCAUAAACUACUCCUUUUUAAGGAGUG